AGCGACCAGCACAUAACAUCCUUGGACCAGCGAGUCAGUCCUUCAGUCUUUAUUUCAAGACUGGAGUAUUAUAGCGUAACAAUUUACCUGAGCGUUUCAUUAUGGAACUCCAUUUCUUUGUAUUAUGGCUUGGGAUUUGUUGCACUGUAGUAACGUCAGGCGAUGUGGGCCUCGAAAGCUUUGAUAAUUAUGACAAAAGCGACGAUGACGAAAUAUAUGCGACAGAAAAAAAGAAACCUUCUCUUCCCGACACCAAAUCUGCCUCAAAAACUGAGUUCUACACACCCAGUGGCGAAAGGUACGACGCAUCACAGCGAUACAACCGACAAGACGGUAAAAGAAUCCCCGUAGAGACCGACACCGAGUUUCGUGGAUUGGAACGUGAUGGCCACCAAAUACAAAACACCGGUGCUGACCGUGAGCCUGAUCGCUAUACCAACAACAGACGCAACGUUGCCACAAAAUAUAGCAACCCGUAUCGUUUAAACGACCAACGACCACAACAUGGUCAACACGGACAGCGUCAAUCGAGUUAUGAGAACCGCCUAGAUCUGCGUGGCCAGGGCCCAGGGCGAGGCCGCAGUGCGUAUAUACAUUGCUACUCGUGUUCCAGCUCGUUCGCUAUGUGCGGCAAAACGGUGCAGAAUGCCAACGGCAUGGUGCACAUCACCAAGUGCCACACCAAGUGUUUUCUGAGGGUCGAGGAACACGGAGUUAUAUCUCGCGACUGUUUUGACGGCUGGUCCAGCAUUCCCUCCCUGACAGCAGACUAUAACGGCUGUAAGCCGCAGAAAUGGGGCGGCAGGAUCAUGAACUGGUGCUUCUGCACGGGACACUUCUGCAAUGGCCAAUCCGAGGCCGAUCUGGGUGGACCAGGUUACAAACCGUAUUUUCACCCAACCGAGCCAUUGGGAAGACCACGACUUGGGGCACAGAGUCAUUCCGGUCAGUAUGACCCUUACCACAACGUCCGCCCAGGCAACGGAGACAGAUUUCGCCAGGGUGCUGCUCAGGGCCACACAGUCGACCAGCUCCCCUAUCCAAAACGCUUGAGGUCUUCUUCCCGAACAGAACUGGUACCUUCGGUUGGACGCUCGGAACCCAGACAAGAUGGAGGUUCCAGCAGGGCGAUUCAGUUCAAUGCUAUACAGUGUCAGGAGUCGGGAUUUACUGGGGACCCUAACAGCUGCCAAAAGUUUUACGGCUGCAGUUAUCAGGGUCGGGAUAUCGGCCACGCAGUGAUGCACACCUUCUACUGCCCUGCAAGGUUAGAAUGGGACAACCAACGUAAAGAAUGUGUCCGACAUUCGACCACCUGCGCCCCACAUCUCCGCCGUAAGGAGUUCGAAGAAUUUUUGCCACCCAUCCAGCAAAGAGAAAGGCGCAUUGAUGUUGUGAAACCGGAAGUCAUCCCGCAGGAACCACGUUACCGAGAAAGCGCCCCCGUGGCUCGUGCAAAACAAUCUACUCUUUCGAGAGAGAAAGCGCGUUCCUCUGAGGAAGAUUUCCCCUAUCCAAAGGUAACAGCUGAAGAGAAUGUGUAUAAAAGAAAAGGAAACAAUGAUGCUCAGCUUGAAAAAGACUUACCUUAUGAAAAAGAUUUACCUUAUAAACAAAACAGCAGAAAAAGAAUUGUGGCACCAUACGAGAAAAAAUCAGUUAGAAGAGAUAAAAUAGAGAACCCUUUUAAAAAAGACGACAGAAUUAUCACCCCUUAUGAAAAGGAAUUAGAAUAG